UGAGGUAGCUCCAAUCCAAUCGUUUCUUUCCAAAUGCUAAAGAACAGAUGCCCUUGAUCGGUAGUGGGCCCCACGGGGGACCCUCUUGCCGGCUGCGCCACCAGGAGCGGCAUGCUUGGAUUUGGGGCCAUGGAGGACCCAGAAAACGAUACUGUAAUACGGUUAAUUAUUGUUUAUUUUUCCUGGUCAGUAGCCUUUUGAGCAUGGAAAUUUCAAUGCCAAGCCACCGUUUCUUUAUAUGCUUCCUGAAUCUCAAUGCAACCGAAUCCCAAACAUAAUACAGGCAGACUCUUCCCUUCUGCUGUAAGUCUCUCGCUCACUCUCUUUCUCUCUCGCUCUCUCCGAGGUGAAUCAAUGGCAACAUUAUUGAAAACCCAUACGAACUGCCAGGCUUCAGAAGAGCAAGACAGCCAUAUGCAGAAAUGCCGCUGUGAAUGGUACUCUUCUGAAACAGGAAUAUACUACAGCAAACAUCCUUCCAUAGACCUACCAUCAGACCCUUUUCUUGAUGUUGUUUCCUUCAUUUUCUCACAUAAGCACAACGGUGUCUCAGCUUUCAUUGAUUCUUCAUCUGGGUCUUCAAUAUCUUACUCUGAACUCUACCCUUUAGUGCAAUCCAUGGCCAGUGGUCUUCAUCAAAUGGGAGUUUCACAAGGUGAUGUUGUUUUGAUUCUAUUGCCAAAUUCUAUUUACUUUCCUAUUAUUUUUAUGGGCGUUUUGUUUAUGGGUGCAAUUGUAACUCCCAUGAAUCCUCUCAGUAGUCUCCCAGAGAUAAGAAAACAAAUACUUGAUUCCAAUGUAACUCUAGCCUUUACCACCCACGAUAAUGUUGAUAAAUUAAGUUCAUUGGGUAUUCGUGUAAUUGGUGUACCAGCAAAUGUGGAUUCUCAUUCAAAACUUGAUAAUAUUUCUGCCUUUUAUAAGCUUCUCUCGGGUAGCCCCAGUUUGGCUCCAAGCCCUAAAAUUAAUCAGCAGGACACCGCAGCAGUACUGUAUUCAUCGGGCACUACUGGUUCUUGCAAAGGUGUUGUCUUGACACACAGGAAUUUUAUAGCCAUGAUUGAGCUUUUUGUCCGGUUUGAAGCUUCCCAAUAUGAUUAUUUGAAUACUAAGAAUGUGUACCUGGCUGUUGUACCAAUGUUCCAUAUUUACGGCGUUUCCCUCUUUGUGAUGGGAUUGUUGUCAUUGGGCACUACAGUCAUUGUUAUGAAAAAGUUUGAUGCUGAUGAGAUGGUAAGAUCAAUUGAUACAUACAGAGUCACCCACUUUCCCGUAGUCCCACCAACGUUGAUGACAUUGACAAGAAAAGCAAAAGGUGUAUCAGGAAGCAGUCUGAAGAGUUUGAAACAGGUUUCAUGUGGGGCGGCUCCUUCGAGCACAAAAAACAUAGAAGAGUUCAUUCAGGGUCUCCCUCAUGUUGAUUUCAUUCAGGGCUAUGGCAUGACCGAGUCUACUGCAGUGGGAACUCGUGGCUACAAUACUGAAGAGCUUUACAAUUAUAAUUCAGUUGGACUUCUUGCUCCAAACAUGCAAGCUAAAGUGGUAGAUUGGAUUACCGGUUGCUUCUUGCCUCCCGGCAGCAUGGGCGAGCUUUGGUUAAGGGGACCCGGUGUCAUGAAAGGAUACCUGAAUAAUUUGGAGGCAACUAUUUCGACUAUUGAUAUAGAUGGUUGGCUACAUACUGGAGACAUUGUUUACUUUGAUCAAGAAGGGUACUUGUAUGUGUUUGAUCGCUUGAAAGAUGUCAUCAAAUACAAGGGGUUUCAGAUUGCUCCUGCUGAUCUAGAGGCUGUUUUGAGUUCCCAUCCAGACAUAACUGAUGCUGCAGUAACGGCAGCUAGUGAUAAAGAAGCUGGGGAGGUUCCAGUUGCAUUUGUGGUGAAGAGACAUGGAAGUUCAGUUUCUGAAGCAGCCAUAAUAGACUAUGUAGCUAAGCAGGUUGCGCCAUACAAGAAGGUGAGAAAGGUGGUGUUUACAGACUCGAUACCAAGGUCUGCACCCGGAAAGAUUCUGAGAAAGGAACUGAGGCACUUCUUGACUUCUAAACUUUAAGGCCGUUUUGUGGACCAAGUAUAACUCUCUAAAGGAACACCAAUGCAACUAAUUAAGGUAGACGAAUUAUAUAAGAAAGAUUGAUAGUUUUUUUAUUUUUUUGGUUUUUGUAAUUAGUCUAUCACUCAUACAUAGAGAGAAAUGUAAUUACUGAAAGCUGGGGAAAAUAAAUGGUUGGAAAUGUUC